GACAGAUAUAGAAAGAUUUAACACAAAAAAGAAAAGAAAGAUAUAACAUUAGACCAAUAAUGGAAAGUUUGAUCAAGAUGCCAAAGUUGUAUGUUUGGUGGUGAUCGUGAUCCCAUUAACGCACACUCUAUUCCGUGUUCAUGACGGAACCUCCACCAUGAUCUAUCCAUCUCUCUGACGAUAACUCCACUUUUCUCAAACACAUUCAAACAAUGUUAUCAUUAUUAUUACUAUUACCCAAUUUCUUCUUCUCAAAUUGAUCUGAGCUUAUGCCAUAACGAAGGUAUCUAUCAUCUAUGUCAAGUAGCGUUGAAGUUCCUGAGGGUCAAAUCGAUGUGGGGAAUCUCAAUUUGAACUGUAAUGAAUACGACACGUUUGUUGUCGUUUCAUCGGUUUUGUUUGUUUUGUAUUUAUCUUUGAAAGCCAAGAAGAACAUCAACAACCUCUGUAAUGGAGGUUCAAAUAUUAUUAUUUCCUAUUAUGCCCUUCUUUGGAUUGUUACACUUUUAAACCUUGCUCGGUCUCUUCUUCAGGCAUGGCAGUGCACUCCUGGAAAAGAGGUUCCAUGGAAUUUAUUGUCAUUGUUUACAGCAUCAGGUAUGCUGUAUCUGGAGAUAAGCUUGAUGGCUUUCUUACUAAAUGAUAACUACAUGAAUGCCAUGGAAACUCUAGCACACACUUCCAUCGUAGCAGGAAUUAUUGUCUUUGUGGAUACUCUGCUUAAGGCAAUAUAUGUUUUUGGAUUUGGGGUACCAUUGUUCAAUCGUAGUGUUGGAACCACUCAUAUGAUCAAGUGGGCUUUGUGGAUAGUACAUAAGUUAUUGCUUGCUGCAGCAUAUGGCUUCAUUUUAUUUGUACAUUUUUCUAAAUGGAAAGAAAAGCUGCCUCCCAGGCCAACUUUCUACAACUAUGUAUUCAUAAUGUUUAUAUUCAGUACAAUUAUUCUAUUUGCUUGUGGUGUGGCAGGAAUUGGUGUAGGCUUCGGCAAUUGGUUGUAUGAUUUUACUGUGCUAUGUUAUCACUCUUUAUAUCUUCCAUUUCUAUAUGUAACUUUUCUGGCAGAUUUUUUCCAAGAGGAAGACUUCUUUUUGGAUAACGCGUAUUAUUCCGAGAUGAAAGAUGCUGGAUUCUUCGAUGCCGACUGGGAAUAAUUUCCGAACAAUUUGUACAUGGAAGGGACGGACACAUUUAGGUCUAUGCACUGUAAAUAUGUAUACUUCAUACUAAUUCCUAACUAAGUCAAAUGAAACCUUGCUCCAUUAACAUCUUAUUGAAAUGUUGCAUGUGUGACACUGACCCUACUGUGAAAUACUGCUAAAGAAACAAGCUGGCUCAUAAAUCAGCUCCCAAAAUUAUAACUAGCAUUCAUUGUGACUUUUUCAUUCA